AUGCUCCCAUCACUCUCUGUUUGGGCGACGCUCGCCGUGAGUUCCCUGGCGGCCCCAUCACGCUCGUGGAACUCGUGGGGAGAUAGCAACGCAUGCACACCAGACAAGGUCCAGGUUCGACGCGAUUUCGACAAACUCGCCCCCGAAGAGCGCAAAGCCUUCACCGAUGCUAUCAACUGCAUGCGGGAGCAACCCUCAAGCUUGGACCAACAGAAGUACUCCGCCGCCAUCAACCGCUUCUUCGAUUAUGCAGUCGUUCAUACCAACCGAACCAACGUCGUUCAUCUGGAUGGCUUCUUUCUGACAUGGCAUCGGUAUUUCGUGCACCUAUUCGAGAAGGACCUCCAGGAUAAGUGUGGCUGGGAUGGCACUAUGCCAUACUGGAAUUGGCCGGGCACAGCUGGUCAGCUUGAAAGCGCACCUAUUUUCGACGGUAGCGCCUAUUCCAUGUCUGGUAACGGCGAGUUCCUUGAUGUUGGCCCGUACCAACUUGGCCCCAACUUCUCUUUGCCCCAUGGCUCGGGUGGCGGUUGCAUCCAAGGCGGUCCUUUUGAAGGCAUGAAUUAUACCAUGCAAGUCAUUCCCAGCAAUCUACUGUCGACCGGCGCCCCUCUACCUCCCACGACGUUCGUGAAGAACGAAACCUGCCUAACGCGAGAUUUGAAUGAUCCCGUGUCUGCGAUGUAUCUGAAUGAGACUGCAUACAAAGCAGCUGUCGCUGCGCCUGAUCAGGCCACAUUCUCGACCCUCAUCAACGGUGUGUUCGGUGGUGCUGCUUUGGGUUUGCACUCGGGCGCUCAUUUUUCAGUCGGGCCACCCUUCUCGUCCAUCUUUGUUUCGCCGCAGGACCCUAUCUGGUACCCAGCGCACGCUAUGCUCGACGUCCUCUAUUCACAAUGGCAGGACGCUCAUCCCGAGAUUUACGACCAGGUCUACGGUACUAUGACGGCUGCCAACGUUCCUCCGAGCGCGAACGUCACUCUCGAUAGCGUCCUCCCCGAUUUUGGGUACUUCUAUGAAGCCCCUCUGACUAUCCGAGAGCUGAUCAGCACUACUGCUGGUCCGUUUUGCUACAAGUACGAAUAUCCAUGA